AUGUCGCUUCUCGGCGCAGUGAGUGCAUCACUGCACUCGUCGUCUGCCGACACCGACAGACAAGUCGCAGCUCGCGACUUUUCAGAACCCAACAUCGACCCCCUCCCAGCUUACCAUCGCCAUGGCCUCAUUGUUAUCUCGGCAUUUGCGCUGCUCUCGGCCGUGGCGACGCUGGGCAUGUUCAUCUUUAUGACCGUGCGCCUAGUCUUUUGGCGACGCUUUGGGAACGUCUACCCGGGCUACAACCAAUACAUAAUCCUAAUCUACAACCUACUCAUCGCCGAUCUCAUCCAGUCGUGCGCGUUUUCGCUGAAUCUGUAUUGGAUAGCGACCAACAGUAUCAAAUCGCCGUCUGCCGUGUGUGCCGUGCAGGGCCUGUUUAUUCAGCUCGGAGAUCCAGGUUCCGGGCUGUUUGCCCUGGCCAUCGCCGCGCAUACGUUUAUGCAGGCUGUCUUUGGCCGCAAGAUCGAGUACAAGUGGUUUGUUACUGGGAUUCUGAGUAUCUGGGGGUUUAUGGUUAUCAUGUGCAUUAUCCCAAUAGCCUCGCAUUGGGACGACUCAGACCCGGUGUUUGCCCCGACAGGUGCAUGGUGCUGGCUCAAUAGCAAACACGAAGCAGACCGCCUCUGGACCCACUACUGUUGGAUCUUCAUGGCCGAGUUCUGCACUCUCGUUUUGUAUGGUAUCAUAUUCAUCCAACUCCGCCGCAAGAUCGCCUCGUCGAUGGCCGUCAGAAACGGAAACCGCAAUGCUCAAUCGCUGACUCGUCUUACCCGAAUCACAUAUCUCAUGGUCAUGUAUCCCAUUGCUUACGUUGUGCUCUCGCUACCACUAGCCGUUGGCCGAAUGUCAACAGAACGGGGCCACACCCCAUCCGUCACGUAUUUUUGUGUGGCCGGUUCAAUGAUCACGAGUACUGGGUUUUUUGAUGUUAUGAUGUAUACUUUUACGAGGAGGGCAAUUACUGUGGAGCAUCAUAAUCAUCAUCAUAAUCAUCAUCAUCGCCAAUCACCGCCAGAUCCUCGGCAUCCUCAACCUUCUACUUUGACUUCGUCUGCUCUUAAUCCGUUUCAUCACUAUGAUUAUCGGAGUAAUCAUAUUGCUACCGUUGUCGCCAUGACCACAUUCGUCCCUGACCCGCCUUCAUCUCGUUAUCAAAACACAUCGAAAAGAAGAAGAAACAACGGCGGUUUCUUUGCUCGACUCCCCUUCUUUUUCCGCAGACGCACUGCUUCUUCUCCUUCUGUCGAAAAUGGCAAUAACGAAUCAUGCGAAAGCUUUGCCAGACUCAAAGAUGAUGAAAGAAACGCCCAUCAUCAUCAUCAUAAUAAUAAUAAUAAUACUGCUACUACUAAUACUAACAAUCCAGAAUCGGAUCUCAGUCGUGUUUUCCAGGAGACGACUAUUGAAGUGACCAGUGAACCGGCGUAUCCUGCAGUGGAAGGGGGUGGCCGCUCCUUGUCGUUGAGUAGCAGUAGUCGGAACCGUGCUACUACUGCUGGCCAUUUUGAGACGAUGGAAUGA